AGGUCUGGAGUGGAGAGCGAGCGCAAAGGGGCAGGACUCUCUCUCUCUUUCUCUCUCUCUGGUGCUUUUAAGAGGAAACUUUGUGAUUUGUUCUUCAAGUUCACUUUAGUUCUCGUUCCUCUCUCAUCCAGCCUUCAUGUGUUUAUUUCCAUGACUCGUGAGAUGCGCACCGGGACUCGUGGAUCAGUACGGCUCGAAUUCCCCACGCAAGUAAUUUUAAAGCUUUAUCUCGGAUCGUAAUGUUUCCAGAAGUUUUCUGCACCGUACUGAACUACAUGGAAUAAUGUGGCAGAUUGUUUUUCUGUGUUGCGCUCUGGACGGUUCCUUUGCGUUCAGCGCGUUCCGUCCACCUGCAAACGCGUCUCUGCUCGCACCUGCCCGGGGCAUCGUGCGCAUUGUGGAUCGGAUUUAUCACGGGGGAGGAAAAGCCGGUUACCUUCUGUACAUGGAUGAGCAGCGCUUUCAGCUGGAUAUGGAGCGGGACGAGUCUAUACUGUCUCAUCACUUUGGUUUGAACGUGGACGCGCUGCCUCCGCGUCGGGAAUGCGUUUACCGCGGCACCGUCAAUUCAAACACAGAGUCACUUGCGGUAUUCAAUCUGUGUGGCGGCGGACUUAAUGGAUUUUUCGCGAUCGACCACGCGCGAUACACCAUCACGCCGCUUAUUCGGGCGAAAGGGCACGAAAAUGACCUGCACAUAGUCGAGGACACCGACGCGACGCGCGCUCUCCACUAUUACACCCGCGAGAGUUUCAGUUUCGAAGCGAUGCCCGCGCGGCACAGCUGCGGCACGCGUAACUUCAAAACGCGCAGUCAUAAAAAGCGGAAACGUGAGGAUGCGCGCGGACGCAGUUUGUGGACGAAGUUUGUGAAGCCCGAUGCGCUGACUCGAUUCAAGCGCUCUGUGUCUCGCGCGCGGCACGUGGAGCUGCUGCUGGUCGCGGAUGCUUCCAUGACGAAGAAAUAUGGGAAGGACCUGCAGCAUUACCUGUUGACACUGGCGUCCAUCGCGUCCAAACUCUACGGGCACGCCAGCAUAGAGAAUCCCAUCCGUUUGUCUGUGGUUAAAGUCGUGAUUCUGUCUGAGAACGAAAAGGGGAUCGAAGUGUCCAAAAACGCCGCCGCGACGCUCAAGAGCUUUUGUAAGUGGCAGAACCAGCAGAACCCACUGGAUGACGAUCAUCAGCAUCACCAUGACGCGGCGAUCCUCUUCACCAGGCAGGAUCUGUGCGGUCAUCACUCAUGUGACACUCUGGGCAUGGCUGACGUGGGAACCGUGUGUACACCAGAGAGGAGCUGUGCCAUCAUUGAGGAUGACGGGCUGCACGCAGCUUUUACAGUGGCACAUGAGAUUGGGCAUCUGCUGGGUCUGUCACAUGACGACUCCAAGUUUUGCGAGGAGCAAUUCGGCUCCACUGAAGACAAACGGCUAAUGUCGUCCAUCCUGACCUCCAUCGACGCAUCCAAACCCUGGAGCCGCUGCACGUCCGCCACCAUCACAGACUUCUUCGAUGAUGGCAAUGCUGAGUGUCUGUUGGACACUCCUCGUCUGCCUCUCCUGGGUCCAGAGGAGUUGCCUGGUCAAAGUUAUGAUGCGGUUCAGCAAUGCCAUUUGGCCUUCGGGCCGGAGUACACUGUUUGUCCCGGGAUGGAUGUGUGCGCUCGUCUGUGGUGUGCCAUCAUCAGGAAGGGACAGAUGGUGUGUCUGACCAAGAAACUGCCAGCUGUGGAAGGAACACCGUGUGGGAAGGGACGGAUCUGUCUUCAGGGGAAAUGUAUGGACAAAACCCGAAAGAGACACUACUCGACAUCGAAUCAUGGCAGCUGGAGCUCCUGGGGUCCAUGGGGUUCCUGUUCUCGCACGUGUGGCGGUGGGGUCCAGUUUGCACAUCGUCUCUGUAAUAACCCUCCACCCCGAAACAACGGCCGCUUCUGCACCGGGAAGAGAGCCGUCUACCGGUCUUGCAAUGUCACGCCGUGCCCUUCAGCCAGUAAGAGUUUCCGUCAAGAACAGUGUGAGGUGCGUAACGGCCCUCAGACGGAUCCCAAAGGAGUGAAGACCUUUGUGGAAUGGGUUCCAAAAUUUGCCGGUGUGCUUCCCAAAGACAUGUGCAAACUUACCUGCAGAGCCAAAGGGACAGGAUACUAUGUAGUGUUCUCACAACGGGUGGUUGAUGGGACGGAAUGCCGUCCAUACAGCAGUUCGGUGUGUGUGAAGGGGAAGUGUGUUCGCACCGGCUGCGACAGUAUCAUCGGCUCUAAACUCCAGUAUGACAAGUGUGGCAUCUGCGGUGGCGAUGGCAACAGCUGUAUCAAAGUGGCUGGAAACUUCACCAAGAAGAGUAAGGGCUACACAGAUGUGGUGAAGGUUCCUGAGGGUUCAACACACCUGAAGGUUCGACAAUACAAAGCCAAAGGCCAGUCACGCUACACAGCGUAUCUGGCGCUGCGGCGGCCUGGAGGUGAAUACCUGCUGAACGGGAAGUUCCUGAUCUCCACAUCUGAGACCAUCAUCCCCCUCAACGGCUCUGUUCUCAACUACACUGGCUGGAGUCAGCGGGACGAGGCCCUUCACAGCAUGGGCCCCGGGGCCCUUCAGGAGAGCCUGGUGGUGCAGAUUCUGGCCACGGAUUCUAAGAAACCAUUAGAAAUCCACUACAGCUUCUUCAUGCCACGCAAAAUGCCACUUCCACCGAGAACAGUAGUUGCAACUUCAGAAACCGCCGCGGAAUUAUCAGCAGCAGAGAUCAUGACGUUUACUCCUGAGGUUCCUGCGACGAUGGAGUCUCCGACACCGACAACACCUGUGGGGCCACGCUGGGUAAUGGGAUCAUGGAUGACGUGCUCCAGAACUUGCGAUACGGGUUGGCAGAGUCGCACAGUUCAGUGCAAGGACCCUCAAGAGAAGCUGUCCAAGAGCUGCCCGAUCAGUACACGGCCGUCAGCCUUCAAACAGUGCCUGAUUAAAAAGUGUUGAGGACCCCUCAAUCAGACAAACUUCCUGACUGAGCUUUAUGGAGCACUUAGACUGAACCAUUGCAGUUGCGUUUGUAUGGAUGCUGUUCCAAUCACUGUGGAACUCUGCUAGUGUUUGCAAACAUGUUGCAUUGUGACUCAGACAAGGAGCUUUGACUCCAGCCUCGAUCUCGGUGAUGUUCAGCCACAUCCCUGAUCCAAACGAUACGCCUCUUGACUUCACAGUGGCAGAGAUUUAAACCAUUGCUGCAGUGUUUGAUGUUAAGGUGCGUUCACAUCUUCUAUCAUUGAUAAAAUGGAACGUUCUCCUAAUGUUCAUGUAACCCUAGAAAAGUGUUUUUAAAACAUAAAAAAACUGAUGUUCAAAAAACAUUCAGAAAUAACAUUUGUUUAACUUUUUGGGCAUGUUACCAAAACGUUCUGUAUCAAUAUCAUGUCCAAAAAAAAAAAAAGUGUUGAGGAUCCCUCAAUCAGACCAACUUCCUGAAAGAUCUUUGUGGAGCACAUAGACUAAACCAUGCAUUUAAAUAAAUGCUGUUCCGAACACGGUGGAAUUCUGCUAGUGCUCACAAUUGUGUGACAGAGAGCUAGCUAUGGCUCUAGAUUUAGAAUGUGGCCACAAUCACCCAGGCCCCUUUAAAAAAACACCCCCUUAAUCCAAAUGACAUGCCCUUUGAGUUCACACUGGCAGUGAUGUUAAGAUGCAUUCACAUUGAUAAAAUGCAACAUUCCCUUAACAUUCACAUAACCAUGAUUUGUUUUUUGUUUUUUUUACUUAACAGAGAACAUUCAGAAAUAAAAUGUUCAUAACUUAAUGGGUAUGUUAGCUAAAUGUUCUGUACGAGAUUUUUGUCCAGAAAACAAAGAGUGUUGAGGACCCCUCAGUCAGAUGAGCUUCCUGAGUGAGCUUCCUGAGUGAGCUUCGUGGAGCGCAUAGACUGAACCUUUACAGUUGCAUUUAUAUUAAUGCUGUUCCAAUCACUGUGGGAUUCUGCUAGUGUUCACAAUCGUUUUGCAUUAUGAUUCGGACAAGGAGACUCCAGCCUUGAAUAUGGCAAAAACCAAUUCAUGCACAUUUGCAUCAAUAUCAUGUACAAAAAUGUAAAAAAAAAAUGGUGGACCCCUCAAUCAGAUGAACUUUCUGAAUCCUGCUAGUGUUCACAAUCAUGUCAGCUUGUGGCUUGGACAAGGAGCUUUGGUUCUAAGCUCAUUUUCAGGUUUGUAGCUGAUGUUUAUGUGUUUGUUCCUCUGAGCUCUGUUUAUUUUCGUCUGAGUCUUAAACUCCCACAAUGAACUGAUCUUUGUUUCUUUGUUACAGAAAAACUAAAGAGGGCUCUUAUUUGAAAAAUAUGUUUGUCGUUUUCUGCGUUCAGGGCUUGAAAGACACUGUGUGCCCUUGAUACUUGCAAUAAUGCCAGCCGAUCACUCACACACUCACAGUCGUACCGUUUACAUGUUCGUGGGAAUGUUCCAGGCUCAAAACAAUCAAAAACUGUGUUUGCAGUGAAACAUUUAUAAUGGAUGUCUAAGAGGCAAGAAUUGCACAGGGUUAAAGCAGAAAUGUAAAACGUAUGUUUAUUAAAGCCUGUAUACUAAAAAAUGCGUGUUAUUUUUAACAGUUAACAGGGAACGUUCUCAGAACAUUCUGGCAAGGGUUUCUCAUAGUUAUGAAUAAAGUUGUUUUUUUCAGUAACACUAAUGGAAUUUUGUCUUAUCAGGUCUUUAUUAAUGUUAUCAAAAUGUUAGCACAAAAAAAAAAUUAUACAUUGGUCAUUUUAUUUAUUUAUUUUAUUUUUCAUAAAGGUUUCAGAAGUUCCGAUAAUAUUUGCAAAAUUCGAAAAUGGGAUGUUCCCUUUAAUGUUCAUAUAACCAAGAAUUAUUAUUUUUUAUUUUUUUUACAUUUCAAAAACUGGAUAUAUUGAACACUCACAGAACAUCAGGAAUAGUGUUCUCAUAACUCUUUGGGAGCAUUAGCACAUAUUCUUAGAACAGAGGUGUCCAAACCUGUUCCUGGAGGGCUACUGUCCUGCAGAGUUUGGCUCCAUCUCCAAUUAAACACACCUGAACCAGCGAAUAAAGGUCUUCACACUUAUUAGAAAUCUCCAGGAAGGUGCGCUGAGGCUGGAUGGAGCUAAACUCAAGGACACUGAUCCUUCUGUCUUAGAAAAUAUUUCUGUUAGCUGGGAGACUUCUGUUCAGAUGAUCUUGAUAUGUGUUAGUGAUGUAAGUGACUUUUACAUGUUCAUAUAACUUUGCACAGACGAGGUGACGUGUUUAACAUUUUUUGUUAAAGUCUUGUUCAAAACAAUGUGUUUUUUGACAUUCAUUCUGAUACGAUGUCUUGCCCCAUACACUUCCAUUGCAAGUUACUGUAAACACAAUCUUUGAAACUGAGGGAAGAGUUGAACUAAUUUUCUGUUAAUGAACAGCUUGACUUGUAUUGAGACCAGAACAUUCCUUUAAAUCGUUUUUUACCUCAGUUCAACCAAACAACUUCAUUUCUCAGACCGUGAAACAUUGAAGCUGAUGGAACAAAAUUGCACGCAGUGUGUUUUCAUGCUUUAUAGCUCAAACUGUCUUAUUUACAUUUGCAAAUGCUCAUGCAAGUUAACACCCCUUCUCAGAUAUGUGAUGUGUGUCCAGAUCAUUCAAUAACAUGUGAUUUAUGUGUGUCUUAUUAUAGUUGCAGAAAUCAGUUUAAAGUCAACAUGAAUCAACACUACCUUCAUUCAUGUUCCUUCUCUCAUUAUAAAUAAUCUUUCAUACUAAUUUUAUAUCAUCUGACUCCCUUCCAUUUGACCAUCUCAUCAAUUUGUAAAUAAAAGUAAUUUUCAAAAUGAACACAAUUAAAUUCAAAAUACACUACUUUUUUUCUAAUCGACUAUGCUGUUUCAUUUGGAAAUGCAUUACAUUACAGAAAGUGCAAUGGGUUGCGAAUGCAUUUCAUGUUGACUUUAAACCUGCUGAAGUUUCUUAAUUUGUGAACUUGUUUGUUUGAUUCAUUUUACACAAAUCCAGUAACUGAAUGAACUCAUGUGAUUCAAUGUUUGUUGCAGUAACUUUUUUCCAAGAUUUCAUCUAUUUACUCAAUGUAAUGCAGUACUGUUUUACCGUCUCAAUGGGAAAUGGCCGUUUCACUGAAAAUACACAGCACUGAUUUUAUAAUUUAUUGUUUGUAUAACUGGUAUGUGAAAAAAAAAAGAAAACACAUGAUGAUUUUUGUAUUUAUUGCUAUGCUCAUUUUGUCAUAUAAAUACUAUUUAACUAGGAAUAUGUGUGAACAGAAUAGUUCCUUUGAAUAUAUUUUCUAGCCAACUUCAUGAAUAUAUAUGUAUAAAACAAAGUGCUAUAUUUAAAAGUUUACCUUUUAUUGAUUCGUUUGUUGCCUCACUGGAGAUGUUUUAGUUUCUAACUAAGUACUCAAAUGCAACCAAUAAAGGGGCCAUUUAAGUUUGUUAACGUAAAUGAGAGCAGAGGGGAUAUGACUAUCAUGACAGACACGUAAAACACAGUUUCUGCUGAACCUCUAUUAAACAUGACACUAACUACAACA